AUGCUCAAACAAAUAAGAAGGACUUCUAAUAAAUUCGAUAAAUUACAAUCGUUUUCAUCAAUAGCCACUAAAUCUACUAAAGUUAGACCAAAAGUUCAAUGUUACUGUAAAAAUGUAACAGAAAGUGGACUGAGAAUAAAUAAUGUAAUAAAAAAUGAUUGGCCUACCAUUGCUUCCAAAUUAAAAACUCCUUUAAUAUCUGAAAUGAUAGAAAUUCAAUUGGUUGUUAGUGAAUCUUCUCAUAAUAUGCUCUAUCAUGAGAGGCAAAGAUAUAAUCAGUUUCGUGAAGUAGAUAAUGCUGAUAUACUUCUGGACAAAGAACUUGAUCGAUUAGUUAGCUCUAGCAAUGAAGACGAAGAUUGGUUUGACCAAUCAGAUGACAAUAAAGAUGAUAAAUAUUCAAUUGAAGAUGAUACUUCAAAUAGACAAUUUAUAUUCCCUGAAUUUAACAAUUCAGAAAUCAAAUCAGAAUAUGAAUAUUCUAAUACGAAUGCUGAUUUUAGUGAUAUGUGA